AUGUCGUGGAAAGGUCUUAAAGUGAUCGGUAUUAUAAAUGUUAUAUUUUUAAUAUUGGAAAUGAUUGUGUACACAAUAUAUUUUUUGGGAUUUCUCUUGCAUAUCGAGGCUGUUACAAAGUAUGAACCCGAAACGGAUUUACUUAAAAUGGUUAUAAUAUGGAUACUGGCAAUGCUAGUAGACCUUUUGUUAUUAUAUUUUAACUUUGGAUUGAUAAAUCAAAAUACGCGUAAUUUUGUUAGAGAUUGGCUGAUAUCACAUGGAAUUGCAUUGGUUUUGUCUCUUUUAGGCAACCUAGUGAUAACUCGCUCGGCUUAUGAACUACACAUUAUGACUACUUUGCUGCUGAUAGAGAUAAUACUUGUCGUAAUUUUCUGCUACAUAAUUCCAUCGUCUAGUGGCAGUAAUACGGGAAACUCUGCAGCCGUUUAA